AUGUCAUCAACGCCUGAACCGGCGACUCCUUCCAAGAAGAAGCGAUCUAAGAAGAAGAGGAACGCUUCUACACCUCAAAUCACCUCAGAGGAUCGCCAGGCAGAAGCUACACCUCAACUUCAGAGAGAUCUCUCAGAAGACCUUGAAGGAACUCUCCAACAGCCUGCAACAAGGGCUGGCUCUCGAGCAAGCACCAACCCGCAGCAAGUUCGGAACCCUCCGCAAGUUCGGAACCCUCCGCAAGACGCGAUGCCAGCACGCAACCAGGCUAACCAGGUCACAAUCGGUGGUGUGACCAUCACGACACAGGCGGCCCCCGCAACUGAUGUGGGUGGCUCGCUUGUUGCCAUGAAGAAAGAAAACAGGUCAGCGUUGGACGCGGAUAAGAAGCAUGCCUUCUUCCAACUCAUUACAAAUCAUCAACAUACCUCGUUUGAUCUCCAACCGCAGACCAUGCAAAGCGUUCAAGACCUUCAAGAAAGUUAUGAUCUUGGCGUCGGCCUGGCCAACAUGCAGAUGCACUUCAAGCGCUAUGACGUCCUUGACGUUUUCACUAUUGUAUUUCCUUCCAAGAAUGCGAUCGGUGAACAAACGGGACAGUUAGAGACGGAUAAUCUUGGCGUGACCAAGACCAUGUUUCUGUUCGAUCGAUACGCAGAACUUACCGCUGACCAGGUGGCAGAAAGCUGCAAGUGGUACACAAGGUGGCCCGACGCAACCACCAGUCCUUGGUUCCGCGAGAACUUAAGCCUGUCCUAUGAUUAUCUGUGCAAUCAUAUGACUCCACAAUUAUGGGGCAAAGUUCUCGAAGACCUUCUUCCCUAUCGGGAUACCCAAGGAAUGGGUGGUCCCUUGGUUUUCUUCUUCAUGAUGAAGCGCCUUCAAGUCAACUCUCAGCUCGUCGUGGAGACGAUUCAAAGCCAGCUCAAGACGCUUCGCAUUGAUCAAUAUGAAGGAGAAAGCGUGGACGAUUUGGUUAGUCACACUAAGGUGAUGUUGACUCGACUCAAGUCACUUGAAAAACGUAUCGAUGGGAGAGUGGUCUCCUCGAACGUUCCUCAUGACAUUGGCAAAACUCUCAUCUCGUUGUUCCAGACAUCGAGCGAUCCCAAGUUCAAUGAGGUUUUCCACAAUAAAGAAAUCAACGCAUACGAGCAGGCACUUACUCAAGGCGACGCUGCUUAUGGUUCUCCUGAUAUGAUACUCGAUCUCGCGACGAGCAUCUAUCAGAAUCGAAUGGCCUCGAAAGAAGGAUGGACUGGCCAAUUUCACAAGGUCCAGGAAACUGCAUUUUCGGCUCAAAAGACAGUGGGACCCUGUUUCAACUGUGGUGGCAAGCAUUCCGUCACUGCCUGCACGGAACCAAUAAAUAAAGAGCGCGUCGCACAGAACAAGCGGAAAUUCUUUGACGAAAAGAAGGCCCAGAAGAAUCCAGGCAAGAAAGGGCGUUCCAGGCUUGGCGCCGGAGUUCAAUUUGAGCAUCUUCCCGUGCCAUCUAAUCGGAAGAAAAAUCGAGCGAAAGUCAACAAGAAAUGGUACUAUUAUCAUUUUAAAUCUAAAUCCUGGAAGCUCUGUGAUGAUCAGUCCGAGACGACUAACCGCCCUCAUGCACUCCUAUCUGGCGCUCCAACUCCAGCUCCGGCUCCUGCAGCUCCAGCUCCAGCUCCCGCUCCUCCAGCGGCUGCGGCUCCUGCUCCUGCUCCUCCCGUCAACCAAGUCCCCUCUGGUGAUGCCUCUGCUUUGACCGCUGCAACUUCCGCCACCAACCUUCCUCAGAUUCGUCAGCAGGUCUCUGCCAUUGCCACGGGCAUGAAUCAACUCAUCGAUCAAGUGAAUCGUGCCACUUGA